CAUAUAUUUAUCAACGGGAAACAUUCAAUAAUCGUAUUGGAAAUACAGAUACAGAAAUGUUUAUCAAGAUGGCUGUGCACAUCGUCAUUGUGUUUUGGUCACUGUCUUUUUUACACCCGCGUGUCUCUGCUACGGUAUGUCCAGGAGAAAAUGGACCUACAUGUUGUUAUGGUUAUGUUGGAUAUGUUUGGAACGAAACAAUUCACAACUGCACAAGUUGUAUGCCUGGGUUUUUUGGAAAACAAUGCGCAUCCUCUUGUCGAUAUCCGUAUUAUGGCUUUCAAUGUGGCUUACACUGUAACUGUAGUGAAGAGGAGUGUCAUCAUCAACAUGGCUGCAGAAGAAGUUAUGGGGACUGUGAUCCUGGACUCCAUGGUCCAUAUUGUGAAUCAACAUGUCCAUUUCCAGGAUUUGGAAAGGAGUGUCAAAUGACAUGUGAAUGUAAACAGCCGGAAUGUAACCCAACUACGGGAUGUAUAUUAGAUUCGUCAUCACCUGUAAGUCCGUUAACGAUAACCGACACGUAUCCAUUGAAUAAAGCUGAUGAACAUUUGAAUGAACUAGAUGUAGAGAGUAACUCUUGCAGGGGAAAUGUGAAUGUCCCCGCUAUAAAGGGAAACACAACAACUUUGAAAUAUGCCAUUCUUGGACUUGGAGUGGUCUGUUGUGUAUUUCUGAUCUUCUACAUAGGACUGCACAUUGUUUUCCACAGAUAUAGACCGACAUUUAGGAAUAAACACGAACAAAGUGGUGUCUGAAAUGGAAGGGAAACAUUCAUAAGGAAGUUGCGGAAACUGUUUCAAUGACAUAUAUUCACGAUAUAUGAUGCAUUUGAAAACAUGAAAAUCAUUUAAUUGAACGCUACAUGGACUUUACACAUGCUUUCUAAAUGGAAAAAAAUAAACUAUUUUGCAUAUCAGUAUUCAUCUGUUACGUUCGCCUCUCACUACAUAACUAAUAGCAAGAUAUAUAAUCUGA